GGGGCCGGGGGGUGGCCGUGGGCCCCAUCCUGAGCGACAGCGCCUCCGACAUCUUCUGUGGUAACGAGAACAGCCCAAAUUUCCUCUUCCACAACUGGGGGGACGGGACGUACCGGGACGUGGCAGCUGCUGUAGGGCUGGAUGACCCCUACCAGCAUGGACGUGGUGUGGCACUGGCUGACUUCAACCGCGAUGGCCGGGUGGACAUCGUUUAUGGAAACUGGAACGGGCCACACCGCCUCUACCUGCAGAGCGGGGCCCCCGGGCGUGUCCGAUUCCGGGACAUCGCUACCCCCAAGUUCUCCAUGCCAUCCCCUGUCCGCACGGUCAUCGCAGCUGACUUUGACAAUGACCAGGAGCUGGAGGUUUUCUUCAACAACAUCGCUUACCGUGGCUCCUCUGCCAACCGCCUCUUCCGGCUCAUCCGCAGGGAGCACUCAGACCCCAUCGUGGAAGAGCUGAAUCCAGGGGACGCACUGGAACCUGAGGGACGGGGCACGGGGGGUGCAGUGACAGAUUUUGAUGGCGAUGGGAUGUUGGACCUAAUCUUGUCCCAUGGUGAGUCCAUGGCACAGCCGAUCUCCAUCUUCAAGGGCACCCAGGGCACCAGCAACAACUGGCUGCGCGUCAUCCCCCGCACCCGCUUCGGGGCCUUUGCACGGGGGGCCAAAGUGGUGCUGUUCACGCGGCGCAGCGGGGCCCACCUGCGCAUCAUCGAUGGCGGAUCGGGGUACCUCUGCGAGAUGGAGCCUGUGGCACACUUUGGACGGGGUGAGCCGGGGGGGGGAGAAGGGGCUGCCUCCACCCUCAGCCUUCCCUGGCACCGCCCUGGGCAGGGGCCACGUCUGCUGCCCCAGCACCCUGCAGCACAGCAGUCAUCCAUGCCCAUUGCCCUGGGCAUGCAACUGGUGCCUGCCCCGCUGGAGUGCGGGCAGGGAUUCUCCCAGCACGAGAACGGACGCUGCGUAGACACAGAUGAGUGUACAGAGUUUCCCUUCAUCUGCCCCCGGGACAAGCCCGUCUGCAUCAACCCGUAUGGCGGCACCUCCUGCUGAGCCACCACUGAUUCCCCUUCUCUCCUUCUCUUUUUCUCUCUUGCUCCUUCUCUCCUCUGUGCAGCUCAAGUGGCCUUUUUUGGGGGAUACCCCUCUGCUGGGAGCUGGCCCAGGCCCCCCCCCAGCGCCCUUCUCCCUCUAGUCCUCGGACUCUGCCUUUGCCUCUAUGCACUUUAA